AUGGUUAAAAUCAAAAUGAGGAAGAAAGUUGUUCAUCAAAAACUUUCACGAGAAAAGCUUCUCAAAUUCUCUUCGAAGCCAAAACCUUCCACUCGCUCCAGAGAUCAAACGUUCACACCCACGCCUUCUUCUCCUAUAUCUCCUCCUCGCAUAGAUCCCAUGGCUUGCACCAAGAAUCCCUCAAGGAUUCCAUCUUCCUCCAAGCCAACCUCAACUCUCAGCGCUCCUCACAGCGCUCCAUCGAAUCCAAGCACCUCGAAAGGGAAACGGCCUGCUGCAGCCGAACCAACCACUGAGCCAACUCAACCUAAGCCAAGUUCUGUUCCUACUCGUCCUCAGAGAGACCGAGACAUUGUGUUAAACAAUAAAACUAUCAGUGCUUCCUUGAAAUACAUUGAUGUUGGGGCGUGUGGCUAUGCACCGGGUAAGUGGGAUGAAGGAGUUGGUAUCUCUUUCAAAGAUGCUCUAGCUUAUGAUGAAAAUGCUGCCACUGAUGCUGAAGAAGAGGAUGAUUCUGAGGUGACUGGUUUAGAUGUCUAG